UCGUCUUGUCCCAUGGUCCCAUCAGUACUAAAGCCUUCUAAUCUUGUUGAAUCGCGCAACACCUAUUCACAAAAUGAUCCGUCUGGGGCGGCUUCUCUUUCGUCCAAGGCUAGCGGUCCCGGUGCCACGGCCUAAUGUGAUACUACCAAAAAGAAUGCUUACAACAGAGGGCCCUUCUUCAUCCACCUACAGGGCUAAGCGGGAACCUUGGAUAACCCCUACGAUGGUCCUAGUUGGUAUUAUACCAAUAUUCACAUUUGCGCUCGGGACCUGGCAGGUGCAGCGGCUGAAAUGGAAGGUCGCGCUCAUCGAUGAGUUGGAAGAGAAGUUGCAACGAGAACCUAUGCCUCUACCAUCAUAUGUAAACCUGGCUGCACUCCCCGAAUUCACCUUUCGCAAGGUGAUCUUGAAAGGUCGUUGGGAUACCUCACAUGUCAUCCUCCUCGGUCCCCGAGUUCGGGACGGCACCAACGGUUAUCAUGUCGUGGUGCCGUUCGUCCGCACGGACGGCUCUACAGUGCUUGUGGACCGUGGCUUCGUAACAAAGGAGCUUGCACGAAAUGCUAAGCAAGCUUUGGCCAACGAACAAGGGGAGGUGGAAAUCCUUGGCAUGCUCCGCACCGCCCAAGUCCGCAACAACUUCACACCCGAGAACCAUCCUGAAAAAGGAGAGUGGUAUUGGGCGGAUAUUGAUGCUAUGGCCGCAUAUGCAGGCGGACAGGAAGCGGGUGUACAGCCUGUCUUCAUAGAGGAGAUCUUCGAGGGCCAUGCUGGGGAGGCAUCCUCGCGUUUAUCUCAUGGUGUUCCGGUAGGGAGACCACCUACGGUUGAUGUUAGGAAUUCGCAUGUGUCCUACAUUAUCACCUGGUACUCAUUGUCGGCCUUCACCUCUGCCAUGUUCCUCCGUCUGCUAUUGAGGCGACGAGGAGUACUGGCUCGCAUACCUCGAUAGGCUGUCCUGUCCAUGUCUUUGAAUGCUACAGGUGAUCUAUCAUACUUGCC